GGGGGGGGGGGAGAGAGGGGGAGAGAGAGAGUUUUUGGUUGACCAUGGAGGGUGUGGUGAUCAGACACCGGACUGUGAAGGUGAACGGCAUAUCGAUGCAUGUGGCGGAAGCCGGCCCCGAGGUGGACGCCAAGGGGGCGGUGUUGUUCCUGCACGGCUUCCCAGAGCUAUGGUACUCGUGGCGCCAUCAGAUGGACCACUUGGGGGCUCGUGGUUACCGCUGCAUCGCACCUGACCUCCGUGGCUAUGGUGGCACAACUGCACCACCAGAUGUGGCCUCUUACACCGCCUUUCACAUCGUUGGUGACCUUGUUGCGCUCCUCGACACCUUAGGGCUUGCAAAGGUGUUUGUGGUGGGGCACGACUGGGGCGCGCUCAUCGCAUGGUACCUGUGCUUGUUCCGUCCGGAGCGUGUGACGGCACUCGCUAACACCAGCGUUGCCUUCAUGCGCAACAUCAUGAUCCGCAACGGCCCCGACUUCGUGAAUCCCAUAGAGUACUUCAAUCGCGCAUACGGCCCCAACUACUACAAGUGUCGCUUCCAGGAGCCAGGUGUCGCGGAGAAGCAGUUCGCGCCAGCGCACGCCAAGCGCCUCAUGAGGCAAAUGUUGUGCCAUUGCUUUAGCCACGGCGUGUUCUGCGAUGAGGAGAUGGACGACCACAAGUACCCGACAUCACCGCUUCCGCCUUGGCUCACCGAGGCCGACAUGGACUACUUUGUCACCUCCUUUGAAAAGACUGGCUUCACUGGUGCCAUCAACUACUACCGCAACUUUGACAAGAACUGCGAGCUGGCGGCGCCAUGGGCAGACGCCAAAGUGCAGGUGCCGACCAAGUACAUCGUGGGGGACGGUGACAUCACGUACAACUUUGAGGGGAUCCAGGAAUACAUCCACGGCGGUGGUUUUAAGGAGGAUGUUCCACUGCUAGAUGAGGUGGUCGUCAUCCCCGGCGCCGGCCACUUUAUCCAGCAGGAGAGGGCCCAGGAGGUCAGCGACCAUAUCUAUGACUUCAUCAUCAAGUUCUGAUCCCGAAGUCCAGAUCGACUCGACUAUCCAUGUGCUUGCGGUUGUCACUGUUUCAUCUUGCGCUUGUCUGUUUAUUGUAAUGUCAUCUGUUUAACAUUCUGUUCCCAUUCAA